AGUGGUUAAAUUGGUACGUCCCUGGGCGCACAGAGUAGAGGAGAGUACAUCGCGAACGAACUCUUUGGGAGGAGAUAGUGGUUAUUUUUUCCCCCCUCGAACAACAACUUCAUUCAGAUAUUACACACAGGGUCGUCAAACUACAGCGAUCGAAACUUGGGGGGGGAACAAAGGAUUUGAUCUGCAAGUUUUUUUUUUUCUUCUUGAGCCUUUUUAUUUUUUAAACAUUAUUUUCAUAAGAAAGGAUUCUGUUGGAGGCUCGCUCGCACUCUCGACGCAAAUAUGAUGGUCGGGGAGAUCGAAGUGAAGGAGAGGCCGAGGCCGAGUCCCGACUAUUUGAUGCAAUUGUUGAACGAAAAGAAGUUGAUGACCAGCUUGCCAAAUCUGUGCGGCAUCUUUACACACCUUGAGAGGCUUCUCGAUGAAGAGAUCAACAGAGUGAGGAAAGAAAUGUACAGUGACACCGCGAACGGCCUGGUAGAGAAACACCCUCUGGAUUUACCUGAGGCCCUGGGACCGAUCAUUCACCUGCAGGAGAAGCUCUUUGUGCCUGUAAAAGACUACCCUGACUACAACUUUGUGGGCAGAAUCCUGGGGCCUCGUGGACUCACCGCCAAACAACUGGAAGCAGAAACUGGAUGCAAAAUCAUGGUGCGAGGGAAGAGCUCCAUGAGAGACAGAAAGAAGGAGGAACAGAACAGAGGCAAGCCCAACUGGGAGCAUCUAAACGAGGAGCUUCACGUCCUGAUCACGGUGGAGGACACACAGACUCGCUCCGAGAUCAAGAUGAAGAGAGCCUUGGAGGAGGUCAAGAAGCUUCUGGUGCCCGCGGCGGAAGGAGAGGAUAAUCUGAAGAAGAUGCAGCUGAUGGAGCUGGCCAUUCUCAACGGGACGUACCGUGACACCAACAUCAAGACACACCCCCUUGCGUUCUCUCUUGCAGCGGCGGCAGCCGCCGCUCAGGGCCCCCGCCUAAUACAGGCACCCCAGGGGCAUAUGAUGGCCCCCCAUCAGCAAAUGAGGCCCCCCACACCGGGAGGCACCCCCAUCAUGAACAUCAUCCGACAACCCCAAAUGCAGGGCAUGUUGCACAAUGGCACCCCCACCCUGGUGCCUCCCUCACCGGACGGCGGCAUCAUCUACGCCUCCCCAUACGACUACCCGUACGCCCUGGCACCCACCUCCCUGCUGGAGUACCCUAUCGACCACAGUGGGGUUCUAGGUAAGCGACCCUGGGGCCUGGGCGGCGGCCCCUUUAGCCCCGGACAGGAAGGCAGCUUGUUUUACCCUGGGUUUUUGGACGCGGCUUCGAUGAGCCACAGUCAGGACUUAAAAGGUGCAAUGGCUACUAAAGUGAGACGGCAUGACUCGCGGGUCCGUCCUUACCAAAGGAUUGUGACCGCAGACAGAGCCGCCACCGGCAACUAACACAUGACCUUCUGACCUCUGAACUCUUCACCCAAUGACGAGCCGCCCCAAGCCUGCCUGCUGAUCAGUUAACUGGUAAUUGCCUUUUGCUAGCUUCUCGGAUGCAGUGAGAGGGGCUCCUGUCCGUACAGUUACCCUAACAUGUUUUUGAUAAAAACCAUUUGGUUUUUAACACUAUCUAUCAUACAAACCCAACAGUUGGUUUUUAUUUCUUUCUGUUCAUUGAGUUGAAUUCCCAUUUAUUUUUCUUGAAUCACAAACUGGGUGGCUGUGUAUGUAUUGUUACUAAUGAAUCUGCACUGAAUUUAUAUAGCAAUAAAGAUCCCACCCUCCGUGUCCACAACCCUACCCAUACCUGCUCUGAUUCGGUGAUCUCACUAGUAUUCACUAAACGACGCUAAAUGGGAACUGAACCCAGGCGGUCUCUCCAAAACAUGGCCUCAUUCUCCAUCCAACAUGCAAUGCCAAGUCCCUCAUUCCCUUAACCCCACCAACCCAUUCCACACCUACUUGCUGGCAAUGAAAGAAAUGAAAGGAAAGAAGCUACACUCCAACUUGUUCAUGUAGUCCUGUAUUUUGAAACUCUGAGACUUAAUGGUAUGCUGACACAUUCUGGGUGUGCCCUGAACAGCUGUCUGUUUAAAAGCAUGGCUAAAUUGAUUGCGAAUUGAGCUUAUAAUUUUGUUUAUUUGGUUUUUACUUGAUUUUGUUUUCUCGUUAAUACACUUAUUAGCUCUGAAGAACUAGCCAGACGAAGCAGGUUGUAAUAACUCAAAAUGCAGCUUUUGUGGUGGCAGGUCUAUCAUGGGCAGUUAGAGGAAGCUAGGAGGGGCACUGGGGAGGAAUUGGGAUGAGGGAGAGGUCUUUUAUUACUAUAAUGAAAGUAGGAUGUGUUGAGGGUUAGGGCACAGUGGAGCAAUGGAUAUAUAGUUGACUAGCUACUGACCUUAACUAUGCUCCUCCACACUUCCAAGUGUAUGUACAGUGCCUGAUGCAUUUGGAGAAUCCCAUCGAAUUAUACGAGCUGUGAUCUAAAAGACAAAAAAAAGUAUUAAGUGUGUUUGUGUAAUUAGCCAAAGGGGUUCCAGUUGAAUUAUAUCUAUAUAAAUAUGUAUCUAACUGCAGAGAGCGUGCUGUAAUUUUAGAGCUUGAAAGGAUGUGAUUUCGUGCAUGUUUAAGUGCGAGUUGACAGCCAAUCAAAAAGAUCAAGGUUGUUUAUCACACAAAGCUCUAGUUUCCCAUUAAGAGAAAAAGCAUAUUGACACUAAAGGGGGCUUCUGGGGGGGGGGGGGGGGGGGGCUCCUUUUUAUAGUGAAGUUUUGUAAAUAUACAUUUUGUUCAUUUUUUUUCUUUGUUUGAUUUUGCCUUUUAUUUUUGGUUUUAUUUACACCCCUGCCGAAAAAUCCAUUUUCAUAUUGUGUAUCAGCAUUUGGCCAAUUCUCUUUGCUAGAAUAUUUUGUAGUUUUCUUUAAUCUCUUUCAAAUUUGAUACCAAUCAAUUCUUUAUGGGGUCAUGAUACUUGCUCUCAUGCAAAUAAGAAUCUAUUUCAUUUGGGGAGGGGGGGGGGGUGUAUUUAUCUCUAACUCUCGCCAUACCAUUUUGAAGUCCCCCAAUUAGCACAUCCACAAUGUGUCUCCAUAAAGGUAUGGUCCAGAUCCUUAGCCCAUGACAGUUUCUCAUUCUUUCUCAAGAGAAAAAAAAAUAGGAUGUGAAAGCCAUGCCUGCCUGUUCAGAUUGCUUUAUUUACAUACCUGUUAUAUAUGUAGAUACCUGUCAUUGCAUAUUAAAGAUAGAGAACACAAUUGGAUACUUUUACAGGGUGCUGGAGAAGAGAAAUAUAUUUUUGGUGAUUUUAGCUUUUUAUACUUCACUUGCAGUUACAAAAUAUAAAAAAUGCAACAAAAAAUAGUGUAGAGGAAUAAAGGUGGUGAUGAAGAUGCUGUUACUUUGGAUAUUAUUGGCUAGGAAAAUAAAGACCAAAAUAGUCAUACCUACAAGCGUUGCAAGGAUGUAAGGGUUACGAAGCGAGGGAGAGACAUUCAGAGAAGAUAGAAAAAGUGCCUUAUCGACGGUCGUUUCUUUUUCCGAGUGUUAACAUUCUGUUCGAUAAUAUCCAGCACCAACGAGGAAUGUGCAGAGAGGAACGGCUUCUGUGAUAAGCUCUUAGGAGUUGCGCAGGGUAGCUCCUGUCAUUAUUGCUGAGCUACUGAAGUUAUUCUAUGCAAAAAGAAUAGCAGUCGUAUGACCAGCUAAAAUAUGUGCCAUGGUUUGUCUUCCCAAGUAUAAGUUAAGGUUUUUGUUUUAUGAUUAUUUUUUUCCCUCUGCCAUCCGAACAAGUUGUAUUUCUUAUUUCUCUUCGUUUUGAAUUAGGUUAUCGCUAUUGUUGCAUUGAUUUCUGGUUACUGUGAUUAUUCUACCAAGAACAAACUGCCAAUAGCAAUGCAGAAGUCUGCCAGGACAUCUUAUUAAUGCAAAAUAAAUGAGGGACAUAUAAAAUGAGUGUGUAACAGGAGAAGAGGCAUUUGCGUGUAUACCAAUUUGUUUAAAAAAUAUUUAAAAAACAUGCUAAUGCUUUCCCACUACAGUUCGGUAAUGAAGCCACGUCAUGACUUCAAGCCUCAAGAUGCUUUUUCCAGAUAGUAGUCCAGAGGCGUUUUCUAUUGGAAGGGGAGGCACUGAUGAUGGGGCUUGAUCUGGGUGAAGUUUAUUUUUUACUAGGUCUUAGUCAAAUGUUCCCGCCACAAUGUGCGUACGUGCCAAUUCUGGAAGUGAUCACCAUGCCGUAUACAGACUAGAAAAGGGGCCGUAGCCAUAAAGAGGUAACACAUUUGACUUCACAACUAAGCAGUUUUCAGUUACUCAAACUUAAUGGGGUAUAUCUAAUUACAAAGAAAAUAAAGUAUAUAAAAUCGACAUUAUGAAUUAUUAAAUAUUUCACCUUCCCUGGCAGUCUGACACUUUAUUUUUCUCAUACAUGCUGUCACACAGAACAUGUUAAUGCAUUUGUUUUCAGUGUUAUGAAUUCUUCUAUUUAAAAAAAUGCAAUAUUAAAGUGGAACAAGAUGACAAUUCAGCAUUUUGACAGUAUUAAGACAUAUUCCCUCUGCAAUGUUACGCUGUGUCAUCGUGUAAGGUUGGUUUAGUCCAUCAUGUGUAUGGUGAACUGUACCGUAUUCACUCUGGCCUGUCUACUACAUGUAUGAUAAUGUAAUUUACAGCCAUUGUUACAGGUUUAUAAUGUAUUUUUCUAAUCUCAUUUUAUAUGUAUAUUAUACAAUCUUUUUUCUGACUUUUUCUUUUGAUGCCCACUGCGACUUGUUUUUUUAACCCCCCCCCACCCACCCCCCCCCACCCACCCCCCAUCUUGAAAUCUGUCUCUAGUGGGGAGUGUUGACUUUACUAGAGUUAAAUUUGGUUUUCUUGCCAAAUCCUAGCUUGUUUAACUCAUUAGCGACUUUAUUCGUCUUUCUUGUCAUAAGUAUUUUUACAUGCUUGCAUUUAGUUUUGAUGGUGUAUGCUGUUAUUUUUCUUAUUAACCCCUUGGCAUUUAUUUUAAUAAAACAUUCUUAGUAAGAAUUUUACUAACUUGCAGAUUUUUUUUUUGUUGUCUUGUGUUUUUAACCAGUUUUAUGAAUGUACUACCUUGGUCUGGUUCACGGACUAACACAAUUAAAACUGUACACGGCAGCAUUCAUAUCUGCACGCGCAUACACAAGGCGAAUACUCAUCCAAAAAACACUGUCUAACUGGAACCUGUGCACCUGCUAUACUCUUCAUGCUCACAAUUCCAACACUGCUGCUCUGUCCCGUCCGUCCUUUCUGUUUAUCGCGACUCUUGUGGUUACGCGUGGUGUUGGAGAACCCCGGGAGCUGCCUUUCUGUAGGUGUAACUGGAAGGGCCGGCUGCAGGUAACACUAGGGUCCAAAACAAAGGUACAACUCCAACCUAGUAGGCAGCUCAUCAUACAGUACUAUGCCUUGUCAAGGAGUCUCUCAUCUGAUUCACUACCAAUGUGGUCUGUAGAAUGAUCACCCUACAUCGGCGAUGGAGCUAUACAGCACCAGUCAAGUUUGGACGCAGCUACUCCUGCCAGUGAUUUAAAAAAAAAAAAAUAAUUAUACUAAUUUCUACAUCGUAGAAUAACGGUGGCGACAAUGACUACGAAGUAACACAUGGAAUAAUGUAACCAAAAAAGUCAAACAAAUCAAUAUUUCUAUUCUUCAAAGUAGCCACCCUUUUCCUUGACAGCUUCAUGAGGUAGUCACCUAGAAUUUGUUUAAAUUAGCAGGUGUGCCUUAAAUUAAUUUUUAAAUGUCCUUAACUGAUUGGCUCAAAUGCAUUGUUGUGACAUGGUAAGGAUGGGAUACAGAAGAGAGCCCUAUUUGGGCCAUAUGGCAAGAACAGCUCAAAUAAGCCAAGAGAAACAGUCAUGAAGGUCAGUCCAUCUGGAAAAUAAGAGUUUCUUCAAGUGCAGUCGCAAAAACCAAGCACUAUGAUGAAACCGGCUCUCAUGAGGACCGCCACAGGAAAUUAAGUCUGAGUCGCCUCUGCUGCGGAGGAGUAACCAGCCUCAGAAAUUGCAGCCCAAAUAAAUUCUUCAGAGUUCAAGUAACAGACACAUCUCAACAUCAACUGUUCAGAGACUGCGUGAAUCAGGCCUUCAGUCGAAUUGCUGCAAAGAAACCACCACAAAAUGACACCAAUAAGAAGGGCCAAGAAACAUGAGCAAUGGACAUUAGACCAGUGGAAAUCUGUCUGAGGAGUCCAAAUCAGAGAUUUUUGGUACCAAACGCCAUGUCUUUGUGAUGCUGAGUAGGUGAAUGGAUGAUCUCUGCAUGUGUGGUUCCCAUCAUGAAGCAUGGAGGAGGUGUGAUGGUGCUUUGCUGGUGACACAUUUAGAAUUCAAGGCACACUUAACCAGCAUGGCUACCACAGCAUUCUGCAGCUAUACGGUAUCCCAUCUGGUUUGUGCUUAGUCCCACUGUCAUUUGUUUUCCAACAGGACAAUGACCCAACACACCUCCAGGCUGUGUAAGGGCUAUUUGACCAAGGAGUGUGAUGGAGUGCUGCAUCAGAUCUGGCCUCCACAAUCACCUGACCUCAACCCAAUUGAGAUGGUUUGGGGUGAGUUGGACCACAGAGUGAAGGAAGAGGAGCCAGCAAGUGCUCAGUAUAUGUGGGCUCUCCUGCAAGACUGUUGGAAAAGCAUUCCAGUUGAAGCUGGUUGAGAGAAUGCCAUGUGUGCAAAGCAGUCAAGGCAAAGGGUGGCUACAUUGAAGAAUCUCAAAUGUAAAAUAUAUAUUUAUUUAACACAGACACUUGGUAUCUUCACUAUUCUACAAUGUAGAAAAUAGUAAAAAUAAAGAAACCCUUUAAUGAGUAUGGGUGUUCAGACUUGACUGUUACUGUGUGUGUAUAUAUUUAUAUAUACCCACUGUAGAGCAGGAGAUACAAAUGCACAUAUUCAUAAAACUUAAAACGUGUUAUUACGACCCAUUCAAACUGAACUGUUCCUGCAUGCGACUGUUUAAUUGGACUGUCAUCUGAUGCAUAGAGUCACUAUACAAUCCUUGAAAAGGCUAUGCAUUAAUAUAAAAAUAACAGGGUUUCUAUACUAUAAUUAUUCUAUUGAUUGUAAUGCUUGCAUAGGGCUGUUUCACUCGGCACCAGCCAUUCUCCAUAGGGUAAACUCAUUUGUUUCCUUUAUUAGGGUCAUUGUGCCUUUUGACCAUUGUUGGGUAUUACCAGUGUGAAUUGUAGAUUCAUAGACUAGAUCAGACAUGACGUAAUACUAGAAGGGAGUACCCGUAAUGCUGAUACAAAGUAUUCUGCCUUUUCCCAAAAGGGUAAUCUUAGGUGUUGACAAUGCAAACACUUUGGGGUUAAAUUUGAUGAAUUCUUCAGGAAUAGAUGUGUUAGCUUUUAUUUGUCGCUUUGAAAUCCGACUACGCACAGUACUAACGUCUCAUUUCUGUCUGGGUGUUCUCCCGCUGUUCUUUCCUCUUGUUUUUGUGCUCUUCACUAAUUUUAGAUGUUCAGACUGACACACGAGCCAAGAUGAACUUUAUUCAUCUCUUUUGAUGACUAUACUUUAACCCACUCUGUUGCCUCCAAGAUUUCAAAGUGUUUCUGCACAAACAACUUCGGCAUUAACCACCUAAUUCCAUAAUUUCUGCAUACCAAACAGGCAAGUAAAGAGAUUGUCAAUCAAAAAAUGUGGCAUAUUUCUAUUAGGAGCAAUGUUUAAGUAGUUAUUGUUGGGUCUUAGGACCUUACUCUGUGCCACAAAACAAUUGCCAUAACUGGAAUCCAUCUUUUAGCUGUGGGUAACUUGAUGCUGUCUGAAGUGUAAGUGAUGCUUUUAUUUUUCUCUUGUAUUGGCUUGUUUCCGGAGUUGAGCGGAUGAAAAGAAUUUGGCAAGUGGCAUGUUAUUUGUCUGGUGCACAAUGCAUUGCAAACACUGCCCGGCAGAUUGCACCUGGAAAUAAGUGCCUAUGUAUGUAUGUAUGUAUGUAUGCACUUCUACUUUGAAGUACCAAUUACUACUAUCUCUCUAGCCCAAUGCCUUUUUGUUGAGCACUAAAAAUGAAAUUCCUGCACACUGUAGAUUGCUAGUUUUUGUGUGCUAUUAAACUAGAAUAUUUGACUAUCGAUUUAGUU